AUUCAGAAGUGUGGUGCAUAAAGUGUUCGAAACAAUGAAAGCCAUUAUUAUUUGUACGGUGCUGAUGAUGAUUGUUCUUGUUGCCGAUGUUGGGGCUGGAUAUUUGGGCGGUGGUGGCUACAGCGGAUACUCCAAUUAUGGUGGAUUUGGUCAUGGGGGUGGUUACGGUGGUGGUUACGGUGGAUACGGGGGCAACGGGGGCUACGGUUCUUCGUAUGGUGGCUACGGUGGCGGUGUCAGCACAAUAAAGGUUAUACGCGUAGGUGGAGGUGGCUACGGAGGACAUGGUGGAUAUGGAGGCUAUGGGGGAUAUAGUGGGGGCGGAGGAUUUGGACACGGUUAUCGUAGCGGUGGCUAUGGCCAUGGCUGGUAAUUAAACACUUGACGCGAGAACAUUAGACGGAUUUACUGUGUUUGAUAAGCCUUCGGUUCGAGACCCGUUUACCAUCAAUUUCUAUACAUUACUGUCGAACUGUGUGCAUGAUAAUAAAUUUUAACAAAUAAAAUUUGUUUGG